AUGAGUCAAUCAUCGAAUUCUAUAGCUGAUGGUACUGCCAGUUCUAUAAGUAAUGUGGAAACCACAUCAGACACAGCUCAGUUGUUAAGUCAUGAAGAAGUAGCCAGCACAUCAAAUCAUCAAUUUAACAAACCUAUAAACUUCGAGGAUUCUGAUGAUGAUGAUGAGAUACAUGGUAGUCAUGGCAUUAGGAGAAGGCAGCCUCCCCAAAAAAUUGAGCCUGGCUCUUUAAAUAUUCUUUCAGCUAAAUAUGAAAGUUUAGACUAUGAUACAUGUGAGAAUCACCUACUUCUUGAUGAGGAGCGGAAGCGUGGAUAUCCUUUUUUCGUAUGGAAGGAUAUAGCCCGGUGGUUCAUUAUACUACUGAUUGGUAUAGUUACAGCUCUCAUAGCAUUUAUUAUUGAUAUAUGCAUUGAAGAAUUCUCAAAGAUUAAAUAUAGAGAGCUGAAAAAAUCUGUGGAUAAAUAUGUACUGCUUGACAGACUGUACAUUCCAUAUCUUCUGUGGGUGUUAUCAAACAUAUGCAUUGUGUUUAUUGGAUCUAUGUUAGUUGCAUAUGUGGAGCCUGUAGCAGCCGGAAGUGGCAUUCCUCAAGUAAAAUGUUACUUAAAUGGUGUCAAAGUACCCCGAGUAGUGCGCAUCAAGACUUUACUGGUGAAGGCUGUUGGUGUUAUCACUGCAGUUGUCGGUGGGCUUGCUGGUGGCAAGGAAGGCCCUAUGAUCCACAGCGGCGCUGUAGUCGCAGCAGGCAUAUCGCAGGGUAAAAGCACAACGUUUAACAAAGACUUCAAGAUAUUCCAAUACUUUCGGGAAGACCAUGAGAAGCGCGACUUUGUAUCGGCCGGUGCGGCGGCCGGUGUAUCUGCAGCUUUUGGCGCCCCUAUAGGCGGUGUGCUGUUCUCACUCGAAGAGGGUACAAGUUUCUGGAAUCAGGCGCUGACAUGGCGGACGUUCUUUGGAACUGUAGUGUCGACGUUCACGUUAAACUGCGCCCUCUCUGCAUAUCACGGACGGGCUGGAGAGCUGAGCUAUCCAGGCUUACUCAACUUGGGCAAGAUGGAUCCGUUUCCGUUUCAAUUCUACGAGUUGCCAGUUUUCAUGUUCUUUGGCAUGGUCGGCGGUAUGCUCGGCGCUUUGUGGAACUUCAUUAAUUAUAAACUGGCCGUUUUUAGAAUAAGGUACAUAGGAACCCCUUGGCUUCGGGUAGUCGAAGCUUGCCUAGUCGCUGCCGCGAGCGCGACCUGCGGAUUCCUCAUGAUGUUCCUGCUGAACGAUUGUCGACCACUUGGAGAAGAUCCAACGAAAGUGCCCUUACAGUUAUUCUGUGCAGACGGUGAAUACAACGCCCUAGCCGCCAUUUGGUUUCAAACACCCGAAGCUUCCGUCCGUUCGUUCCUUCACGAUCCGAUGGGUUCGUACAAGCCGUGGUCCAUACUUGUCUUCGUGGUCUGCUACUUUCUACUGUCUACUUGGACUUUUGGCCUCUCAGUGUCUAGUGGACUCUUCAUUCCAAAUCUGUUAACGGGAGCAGCCUGGGGUAGGCUGUUAGCUAUUUUGAUUCAAUAUAUGCUGCCUUCCAAUACGAUAAACCCGGCGAAGUACGCGUUAGUUGGCGCUGCGGCACAACUCGGGGGCGUGGUUCGUAUGACGAUAUCGCUCACCGUCAUUAUCAUCGAGACCACGGGACAGAUCUCCAACGCGCUUCCUAUCAUCAUCACAUUAGUCGUCGCUAAAUGGACCGGCGAUUUCUUCAAUGAGGGUAUUUACGACAUUCACAUACAACUGGCUGCUGUGCCUCUACUGCCUUGGGAGCCUCCGCCGUUGGCACACAAUAUAUACGCAUCAGAAGUAAUGUCGCACCCAGUGUUUACUCUUCGUACCGUUGAGAACGUUGGGCAUAUCGUCGAGUUGCUCAAAUUAGUGUCAUAUAACGGAUUCCCCGUUGUAGACCCGCCCUUGGCUGAUGACGUGGAAAUAACAACAUACAAACGCCUCCGAGGCGUCAUACUACGAUCUCAAUUAAUAGUGUUAUUACAAAACAAAAUAUACAAUGAGAAUGCAAACACCACAUGGUCUAACUUGAAUGUUGAUAUGAAUAUGUUCAGGUCUGAAUAUCCACGGUACCCAUCUAUAGACCAGCUGGAAAUCGCAGACUGGGAGAAAACGUGUACAAUGGAUUUGCGGCCGUUUAUGAAUCCAUCCCCAUACACGCUUCCACAUAGAGCGUCGCUGCCGCGCUUAUUCCGCUUGUUCCGAGCGCUCGGCCUGCGACACUUACCCAUAGUCAAUGAUGUUAAUGAGGUGGUUGGUAUGGUCACUAGAAAGGAUAUUGCAAGAUACCGUGUAUGGCGACAUCGAGGUCAUAUGGGAAUGGAAGAAUUAAUACUCUCUAGUGAAAUAUAA